AUGGACGCCGUGUAUCCUCGCGGUGGUCGCUGGAGGCGAGUCUCACGCCAGAGACACCGCACCAUGCCGGUCACCUUCGCGGAGAUCAAGGAGGUGGAUGAAAACUUAGAGACUGAGGACGCGUGCGGCAGUAGUGUAGUCAGUAGUGUAAGGAGUGUGGAGGCUGCUGUCAGUUCAUCCGACUGUAGUUCUCAACUCCAGCGUCAAUUUUUCGAGUUUCGUCGUCGUCGUGUUCGCGAGUCUCUUCACAAAGAACCUCAGUCCUCAGUAUCGCACGCCGCUUCUCUAGAUCCUUCUAUUUCUACAUCAAGAGCUUCCUCCGAACCUCUCCCCGCAGCACCUUCGUGA